AGAAGGGGUGAGAGCAGUACUUCCACGCACUUCAUACUUGUAGCGAUAGGAGCGCCACGCUGACAUCCACAGGCAGUGUGCAACUAAUUACGGACUCCUUGGGGGAACACCACUGAAAAGGGCAACUUUUUACACUUCCUGAAUAAGUGGAAAAGAUCCUGGGUUUGAGAGCAUUGCUAAGAGAGGGAGGCUCUUUCAAGUCCCAACACCUCCCUAUGAUCAAAAGUCGACUUCCAGUUGGGCAAAUGUCUUCAGUUGUGGCACCAGCCAAAGAAUCAGGUAACAAUAUGGCUCCCAAGGAGGUGGAGCUGAUCUUAGUGAAGGAACAGAAUGGUGUGCAGUUCACAAACUCCACAGUAAUCAACCCCACACAGACCAACAGUGCACCUGAAGAGAGGGAGACCUGGGGCAAGAAAAUAGAUUUUCUACUGUCAGUGAUUGGUUUUGCAGUGGAUCUGGCCAAUGUAUGGAGAUUCCCAUAUCUCUGUUACAAAAAUGGUGGAGGAGCAUUUCUUGUGCCAUAUCUAUUUUUCAUGUUGAUUGCUGGGAUGCCUCUUUUCUACAUGGAAUUAGCACUAGGACAGUUUAACAGGGAAGGGGCAGCAGGUGUCUGGAAGAUCUGUCCUAUCUUCAAAGGUGUGGGAUUCACUGUUAUCCUCAUUUCUCUCUACGUUGGAUUCUACUACAAUGUUAUCAUAGCCUGGGCGCUGUAUUAUCUCUUCUCAUCAUUCACCACAGAACUACCUUGGGUCCACUGUAACAACACCUGGAACAGCGUCAACUGCUCAGAUGCAUGGUCUUCCAACUUCAGUGACGGCAUUAACCUCACCUUUGCUGACAACCAGAAUAAUCCUGCAGCAGAGUACUUUGAACGAGGAAUGCUUCACCUGCAUGAAAGUGCUGGGAUUCAUGAUUUGGGCUUCCCACGAUGGCAGCUGACGUCCUGCUUGGUAGUUGUAAUUGUAGUGCUUUAUUUCAGUCUGUGGAAAGGUGUGAAGACAUCUGGAAAGGUUGUCUGGAUUACAGCCACUAUGCCAUAUCUGGUCCUAACUGUCUUGCUUCUUCGUGGCGUUACUCUACCUGGAGCCAUGAAUGGUAUUAAAGCUUACUUGAGUGUUGAUUUCUUACGGCUUUGUGAAGCAUCGGUCUGGAUAGAUGCUGCCACUCAGAUCUGCUUCUCCCUUGGUGUUGGAUUUGGUGUGCUAAUAGCGUUUUCCAGUUAUAAUAAAUUUUCCAACAACUGCUAUAGAGAUGCUAUCAUCACCAGCUCUAUCAAUUCUCUGACAAGUUUCUUCUCAGGAUUUGUCAUCUUCUCUUUUCUUGGCUAUAUGUCCCAGAAGCAUAAUGUGGCCCUUAAAGAUGUAGCCAAAGAUGGUCCAGGACUUGUUUUCAUCAUUUACCCAGAGGCAAUUGCUACUCUGCCUUGGUCUUCAGUCUGGGCUGUCAUUUUUUUCAUUAUGCUACUCACGUUAGGAAUUGACAGUGCUAUGGGCGGAAUGGAAUCAGUGAUCACGGGACUGAUUGAUGAGUUCACGUUCCUGCACAGACAUCGAGAGCUGUUCACCCUCUUUAUCGUUUUAUCAACCUUCCUGAUAUCCCUCUUCUGUGUCACAAAUGCAGGAAUCUAUAUUUUCACGCUGCUGGACCAUUUUGCUGCAGGAACUUCCAUUCUUUUUGGAGUACUUAUUGAAGCUAUUGGGAUUGCAUGGUUUUAUGGUGUUGGGAAGUUCAGUGAUGACAUUGAACAAAUGAUUGGGCAAAGGCCUGGUUUGUACUGGCGAUUAUGUUGGAAGUUUGUCAGCCCCUGUUUCCUUUUGUGCAUGGUUGUCAUCAGCUUUGUGACAUUCAAGCCUCCCAAUUAUGGAAAAUACGUCUUUCCAGAAUGGUCCAAUACCAUAGGCUGGUGCAUUGCUGUAUCUUCGAUGGCUAUGGUACCUGUUUAUGCAAUUUACAAAUUCUGCAGCCUGCCAGGAUCCUUUCGUGAGAGACUAGCAUAUGCAAUUACUCCAGAAAAAGAACAUCAACUUGUUGAAAAUGGUGAAGUACGUCAAUUCACUCUUCGCCAUUGGCUAAUGGUGUAGGAUUUCUUGAAGUGGAAAGCAAAAGAGACAUUUACUCAAGGGCCAAGAAGACAUCCGUCAAGCCAGAUAUUUCUGUGUAUGUAAUCCAUGAAACACAGAAUGCAAGUAAGCCCAUAGGACUGUUAAAAAUGACACUUCUUUUUUCCAAUUCAUAACUGUGAAAUUCCCCUGGUAAAUCUAGGAUAUGUUUGAAAAUGACAAAUUACAACUUAGUGUGUGGCUUUUUGACAACUCUGAUGUACUGUAUAUACUUUCUGUAGCACUGUUUUCAAAAGGCAGCAAAUAAUGUACUCUUUCAGCCUACUGAUAAUCAGUUUCAAGUUUUACUGUAAAAGUUUUUGUCAACAAAAUGACUGUCUGUGUAGCAAAUUUGUAUUUGGAAUAAGUGAAGUUUAUCUAUAGGCACUUUUCACAGUACAUGAUCACAGUAAAAAAAUGAUGAACUAUAAAAUUCUAUUGACUGUUAUAAAGAAACAAUGUCUCUGUCAAAUGAUAGCUUAAAAUAUGCUACAUAGGUUUUAUAAAAAUAGCUUAGAGUUUGUUUCCUGUAAAGUUGAUAUGACCUGCCGUGUGCAUGACUUGGCAUUUGGUUAUUAAUUGUAAUGAUGUUUGUUUGCAAAAAAUGAAUAAGGUAAUAGAAAAAUAAAUUUCAAUAACAGACAGCUUUUCCCCUGUGACAUAGCAGGGUUAGUAUAUUUAAAAUCACCAAUGUUUUCAUUAGUGUGAAAAAUGUAUGCGUGCAAGGGAGGAGUACUUGGUUUAUUGUUUGUCCAUGUCUGUGCUGAAAACAGUGUGCUUCGUAUUGUGUAACACACAUUGUACAGUAUGAACAUAUGCAUUCAUGCAAUGUUAGCCCAUUAUACAUGUUGAACAAGGAUUAGAAGUGCACUUGGAGAUCAUCUGCUUCAAUAUUUCAGCAUAUGUUCAGAUACUUUCUUCCUGCACUUGUAUAUCUACAGCAGAACCAGCCAUAAGACAGUGGCUUAAGGUGAAAUAAAUAAAAUAUCUCAAAAUACCAUUUGACAAUGAACUAUACUUUCCAAAUGAGCAUAUACCUGCACAGUGAAUUGCUUUGCAGCAGUGUUGAUAUAUAACAACUGGCAACUCCACAUAUAACACAAAAAAAAGCAUGGCAAUGUACUUUUUCUGCAGUGCUGAAAACACUGGAAUUCAUGCAGGCUACAUUCACUUUCAAUAUUUUAUAAACAAAUGCAAUUUGCAAAACAAGGUAUGGUGCUUCUUUUCUAUACCGCUUAGAUGCGUAUACACGUGCAAUGUUCAGUAAUGUCCUCAACAGGUCUUUUUAAACUCCAGUUUCCAGGUGAUUAUAGUAAACUAUGCAUAAGUCUUUACAGCAGUGUCAGUGGUACAACAGGUAGUACACUUAACUUUUGGUGCAUAAGGCCGUGGGUUCUGUUUCCACUCCAAGUAGAUGGAUUGCUAACAAUGCAGUGCAGCAUAAGGGGAGUUGCUGCACUCCUGAGUAUGAGUGUGGGGCACUUCUAUAUGAUGUCAGUAACUUAAAAAGUUAUUUACUUCCUCGCAUACCA